GAAUGGCGGCGUGGAUAGCGGUACGGGGAACCUCGCCUCAAACCAAAACCACAGUUGAGGAGCUAGAUCAUCAGGUCGACAGCGGCAUGGGUAGCAGCGACGCGCGCUCUCCCGAGGUGAAGUCGCUCCUCCCCGACGACGAGGACGACGAUGAGGAGGAUGAGAGCUUAACAGAAAGAUUAUUCGGACUUACUGAAAUGUUUCCUGAGCCAGUACGCAACUUUGGAUACAAUGUUGGAACCUGCCUAUACACAUGUAUCAAAGGUCUAUAUGCGUAUUCGUGUUCAGCCACAUGGCUAGUCUUCAGUUCAUCCACAAUUCUUUUCGCACCAAUUAUCUUUGAGAUGGAACGUGCACAGAUGGAAGACCUGCAACGGACGCAGCAGAAGCAAGUUCUAUUAGGCCCUAACACAGCUCUGUCUGGCGUUAACACCACGGGUCUUCCAAUGGCACCACCCGUUCAGCGAUAGGCCAUUCUAUUACAAAUUUACAUGUGCACGCAUACAAGGACACAUACAGAAAUAGCCCAACCAACUAAAAAAAAUUAAUCACUCGAGUUUCCCCGCUCAAUUAUUUAUUAGCGCAACUCCAUACGUCACGAGACUUGUACGCAAAUUGCGGACAAAUGACUUCUAUUGAACAAGAACUUGCGUGAAUUGAUCAUAUGUAACUAUUCCUUUAAUUGGAGUAACUCUGGCAGAGUUGCGGUGUAAAAAAAUUUAGAGUAAAUAUAAAUUUGAAUUGCUCAAUGAAAGAACAUUGAAUUGCAACAUUUGUCGGUCUAGUCCACCUUUUACACACACACACACACACACACACUGAUAUACACAUCGUUCCUUUUGGUAAUUUUUAGUAAAAGCCAACACAUAUUCUGUGGUAUCGCGUGACAUUUUAUUAUUGAAUAUAUGUUGCGGUAAUGGUGGUGAUAGCACUUCGUUUUACAAAAAGAAAACGAUCCCGUCAUUAUGUUCGCUUCGUGAAUAAAUGAUUGAGAGAAAAA